AUGGGUAUGAACGCUCUUCCAUCAGAUAUUUCAUUGAAUAUAUUUUCUCGUUUAGAUGUUGAUUCAGUUUUAGAGUGCAAACUGGUCUGCAAACCAUGGCGCAAUCUCAUUAAGGAUCCAUCCUUUGCUCGAAUGCACCUUGCUCGUCAUAAGUUAAUACUGCAAUAUCAUGAAGAUAGUUAUAUUCAGGAUUUCUCAAAUAAUGCAUGCGACACUGUUCAAUCGGGGUUCCUUUCGUUAAAACAAAUCGGCAGAUCUAAUAGGCGCACACUUCAUUAUGUUGAAAACGAUGUGGAUGUCAAGGAGAAGUCUUACAAAAUCAAAAAUAAAAUGAUCAACAUCCCUCCAAUUAAGGACAGGGCGCAGUUCGAUUCAGAACACUUUAUGAUCAGCUCGUGCAAUGGGUUGAUUUGUUCUUCCAUGCGUCACCAUCAACUGAAUGACCCUAUUCAUAUAUUUAACCCUGUCACCAGGGAGUACGCUUAUCUUCCGAGAUAUACAUGUGAAGAGGAAAAUGGUGCAUAUGAGAUGAUGAGUGGGUUUGGUUACAGUCCUUCAACUGACCAGUACAAAGUUGUUAGAAUCUACCAUAAAAGGAACGACAAAUGGUAUUUUCAGGUGUAUGUUCUUGGCAAUGAGAAUAAUAAAUGGAAGGAGGAAAAAGAGAUCCCCAACUCGCUGUUUCAUAAUGUUGGUGGAAAGGGCGUUUUUGUGAAUGGAGAGAUAUAUUGGUUGGAUCAGGCAUCAAAGGUUGCUACUUUCGACAUAGCCGACGAGGAAUUCCAUCAUAUAGCUUCGCCACCUCUGGUAGAAGAAGUGGGCAGUACUAUCGAGAAGAGGCUUUGUGUGUUUGGAGACUGGUUAUGUCUUGUUCAUCGUAUAUCAGCCUUAGGGGGAUUCGAUCCACGUUUCGACAUAUGGUUAUUGAAGAAAAAGAACAAUGACAUAAAUGUGCAACAAAAUGGAACUCGUAACUGGAACAAGGAAUUUACUGUGUAUUCUAUAUGUAGAAAUCCUGGCAAAUUCUUUUUUCCACUAGUUUUUACCAAGAAAGGCAAGUGUGCUGGCUUGUUUGCUUUGGCUUCUAUACCAUUCUCUGUUGCUGCACUUAACUGUGCUUUCUUCGUGUACUUCUUUUUGCCGUAUUCAAUAAAACUUUAUCCAUUUUAG